CCAGCUGUUGAGUAGGGCGCCUGCGCAAUGCUGCGGAACCCGCUUCGUAGUACCACCACACCCCCGAGGAGGGAGGGAGAGGGAGGCAGGCGGCGGCCGCAGCAGCAGCAGCAUCUGAAACCUUAAACCGCCGGAGGAAGGAGGAGCGGGCGGUGCUCCCCCUUCUUCGUGUAGGCGCGGAGAAUGGAGUAACCGAGAUACGUAAGGGAGAGGAGGAAGAGGGGGGUGGAGGAGGAGGAGGACUUUAGCGCUGGAGGAGCAAGUGGUGGCUCCUUCUCGAGGAGGGAACUCGACGGAAGGACCGGGAGAAGGGAAGCGGGACCAUGCCCUAGGGACCGAGGGGCCGCCGCCGCCUUAGCCGCCGCCUCGACGGGCAGAGCCCAAGCUCCCCCGAGCGCCUCCUGCAAUUGACAUCCGCGCUGCAGCGCCUUGACCGAGUUGGCCAAUGGAGCUGGAAAACAUCGUGGCCAACACGGUUUUGCUCAAAGCCCGGGAAGGAGGUGGAGGAAAACGUAAAGGUAAAAGCAAAAAAUGGAAAGAAAUCCUGAAGUUUCCUCACAUCAGUCAGUGUGAAGAUCUCAGAAGAACAAUAGAGAGAGAUUACUGCAGUUUAUGUGACAAGCAGCCAAUAGGAAGGCUUCUCUUUCGGCAGUUUUGUGAGACUCGCCUGGAGCUUGACUGCUGUAUUAGGUUUCUUGACUCAGUGGCAGAAUAUGAAGUUACUCCUGAUGAAAAACUGGGAGAAAAAGGCAAAGAAAUUGUGAAGAAAUACCUCGUCCCAGAGUCUCCAGUAUAUGUAGCAGAAAUCAACCAAGGGAUGGUCCAGCAGACAGAAGAAAAACUCGAUAACAGCCCUUGCAAAGAACUGUUCUCACCUUGUGUAAAAUCUGUUCAUGGGUACUUAAGUGGAGAGCCUUUCCAAGAAUAUCUAGAGAGCAUGUAUUUUGAUAGAUUUCUCCAGUGGAAGUGGCUGGAAAGACAACCAGUAACAAAAAAUACAUUUAGGCAAUACAGGGUAUUAGGAAAAGGUGGCUUUGGGGAGGUAUGUGCUUGCCAAGUACGAGCAACCGGGAAAAUGUAUGCAUGCAAAAGAUUAGAGAAAAAAAGAAUAAAGAAGAGGAAAGGUGAAUCCAUGGCCCUAAAUGAAAAGCAGAUUCUAGAGAAAGUCAAUAGUCCAUUUGUAGUCAAUUUAGCAUAUGCCUAUGAAACAAAGGAUGCACUCUGUUUAGUACUGACCAUAAUGAAUGGGGGUGACUUGAAGUUCCACAUCUAUAACAUGGGAAAUCCAGGCUUUGAGGAAGAAAGAGCUUUGUUUUAUGCUGCCGAGAUUCUUUGUGGCUUGGAAGAUCUCCAUAGAGAGAACACUGUAUACAGGGAUUUGAAGCCAGAAAAUAUCUUGUUAGAUGAUUAUGGGCACAUCAGGAUCUCUGAUUUGGGUCUAGCUGUUAAAAUCCCUGAAGGUGAAUCAAUCCGCGGACGAGUAGGAACAGUCGGUUAUAUGGCUCCAGAGGUCUUGAAUAACCAGCGAUACACACUUAGCCCUGACUACUGGGGAUUAGGUUGCCUAAUCUAUGAAAUGAUUGCAGGACAGUCACCAUUUCGUGGAAGAAAAGAGAAAGUGAAGCGAGAAGAAGUAGAUCGGAGAGUCUUGGAAACUGAAGAGGUGUAUACCCAUAAAUUUUCUGAAGAGGCAAAGUCUAUCUGUAAGAUGCUACUGACCAAAGAUGUGACGAAUAGACUGGGUUGUCGGGAAGAAGGUGCAGCUGAAGUAAAGAGGCACCCAUUUUUCAAAAACCUGAAUUUCAAGCGCUUGGAAGCUGGAAUGUUGGACCCUCCUUUUGUCCCUGAUCCGAGAGCAGUGUACUGCAAGGAUGUGUUGGACAUUGAACAAUUUUCAACUGUCAAGGGAGUAAACCUGGACCAAACAGACGACGAUUUCUAUUCCAAAUUUUCCACAGGCUCUGUACCAAUUCCAUGGCAAAAUGAGAUGAUAGAAACAGAAUGUUUUAAAGAACUGAAUAUGUUUGGACCAAAUGGUACUAUCUCACCAGACCUUAACAGAAAUUACCCACCAGAACCACCAAAGAAAGGGUUGCUGCAUAGAAUAUUUAAACGUCAGCAUCAGAACAAUUCCAAGAGUUCUCCAAAUUCAAAGGCCAAUUUGAAUCAUCAUAUAAAUGCCAACCAUGUAAGUUCAAACUCCACUGGAAGCAGCUAGUUCUGUCUUGGCUUUUGUGAACCUGCACUUUGCAUCUUUCCACUAUAAUGUACGGAGCUUCGAGGAUGAGAGAGAGCACCUGCCAUUGAGCGAGAAGAUCAACAGUGUCCUACUGAGGGAGAUUUUUUUCACCCCUCUCCGUUCGUUCCAGGGGAGCUUCCCAUAUACCAAGAAAUUUCCUCUCAGGUCUGUUUUGGAGGUGGCACUUGAGGUCCUGGGACUCAGCGUUGUCUCUAUAGGACAUUGCAAUAGAAAUCGGUGUCUGACAACUUGCACGUAUUUAAAAUAGCAUCAUAACUAGAACUGAAUUUUGUCCUUAUUAUUUUUAAAGAAAAGGUUUUGUAAAUUUAUCUAUUGUCUCAGUUUACAUUUUGUACAUUUGUAUUUAAAUGAAAGUCGGACUUGGGGAUGUAUAUUUUCUGAGCAGCAGCUUGUAAAGCCAUGCAUUUAAGACUUUUGGGUUUAAAAAAAAACAAGAAAAGCAAAGUGAUCAAGCUUUCCAGAGCCUCAAAAUGAGAUUUUUAUUUUUAUUUUGCAAAAGAAAGUUGUUCAUAUUUUCUUCCCCUCAUCCCAGUAUUGAUUUUAUUGACCCUUUUUUUUUAGGAUGGCGUAAUUCCCUCUUUUUUUUCAUCUACUUGGUUUACAGUAACACUGCAGAUGAGUGUCUUCCCUCAUUUUUGUUAAAAUCUUACUUUUCAUGCCAAAAGAAACAUAUGAUCAAGAUUCAUCAACUCUAAGGAGGCUUAGGUCCAGAAUGUCAUGGGACCAGCACUGUUGCAACGUAUACUUUCUGUAGUCAGGUUGUCUGUGUGUGUCCAUUCUUCAAAAUUCAGUUCUCCUUAAAACCUCUCCUCUCUUUCCCGUCACUGAGCCCAUUUCCAGAUUUUUGGCUUUUAUUGCUAAAUAGUAAAGAACAAAUGCAAAUCCCUCUGCCACUUCUCUCAAGAAGACACCAACAAAUGAUUUUGAUGGCUUUGUCUCUGUCAGGCACUCUUUUUGCCAGAAAGUACAGGCUGCUGGGGAGAGGAGGAGAAGUGUUGGAUACACAUUGGAUAUGCACUCAUGUGCAUUUAACUCUGGAGUUCUCCCUGAACUGACCUACUAUCCUUGCUGCUUCCCACUGCUCCCACACCAAAAGCAGAACAGGUGCAAUUAGCUUACAUGCACACAGGUGACUCCUACUAUCCCUACUCUUACAGAUACAACGUCUUGUGUUCUCCUUUCAGGACACAAGUAGACAGAUGUUCCAAACCCAUGAAGUUUGGUUUUUGAAGGUGACAUUUUAACAUGAUAUGAAUUUUUCUCUGCCUCCUUUCUAUCAAUAACUUCAGAGGCAAAACACUGCUCUGCUUUGUAUACUUACUAAGUAAUCUGAGAGGGAAAAGAUGAUGCAGUGUUAUGAAUUCUUGAGACCUUAUGGCCCCUUUUUUUGGCUCUAUCUGGUUAUAAGGUGAGCGUGUUGAACUAGAUAGAUCUAGAACAUAGCUACACAAUCAGGAACCACAGGAUUUGCUCUGCUUAUGAAAUGGGUGAAUGCAAAGUAGUUUUUACUGACUGCGUGAUGGAAAGGCUGAUCUGAAUCAGUCCAGCCCUUUUUGCUCCCAGAACAGCUUUUUUUCUCUCUGCUGCUGUUGUGGGGGGUGGAGGGUGGAAGGAAUUUUUCUUUAUCAAUUCAGAACAAUUCAAAUGGGCUUCUUUCCAUGUGGCUGGUUGUGAUACAUUUUUAUAAAGAUAGGAGGCAUAUCUGUAGGUGGUGUUUUGGUGAUGUGGACAGUUGGAGUGUGAUGUUCAGAACCAGGGGAACCCCCCCCAAAACACAUACAUUCUUUCCCCUCUCCUGAUUGUCUACCAAAAUCUUUUAAUUUUUAAAAAAGUCUUACAUAUAUGAGAUUAGCAUUGAAUGCAGCUCUCAUCACAUCCAGUAUGAAUGGAAAACUCCCAGAUCUAUCUGCCAUUCCUGUGUGAGCACUGUGAUUUCAAACUAAUAUGUGCUGUGGAUCAAACUUCAGCAAAGUCAAAUUGUUUCCAAUUUGGCUUUCCAAUGUAGUCACACUCCUAGUCUAGUUACACAAGAUAGGCCCUUAGUUGGGCCCAGCAUGGAUUUUAUUAUGUUUUUAUUUUUACAAGUCACAUGAACUUUCCUUCCAAAUGCAUCAGUGAAGCUUCUGAUAUUAGAGUGUAUUGAAGAAUGAAAAGUAACAGAGUGUCUGAUGUGGAAAUGUUUAUAAAUAAUAAUUUACAAACAGUAUUUCACAGUAGGGUGUCAGAAGAAUAUUGAUUUAUAGUAUGAUCUUAAGGAUGAAAGAGAAUUGAUGCAGACUUCCAGAACUUUAAGCUGCACAAGCAACAAGAGGUUAAAUAAACAUGAAUGGAUACCUUUUGAUUACAAAAUUCUGCCAUUUCUACUUUGAGGGGCUAAAGUUUCCCACAUAUUUUUUUAAAAUAUGAUUGUCACCGUAUUUGCAUAUUUAAGCUAACCAGUUUCAAACUAGUAGGAGAAUAUAACAUUUCAAAAAUAUUCUACAGACUAAAUUAUUUUGGCUUGUGACAUAUGUGAAACAAUUUUUCUUAAGGCUGCUACUCCUAUUGUAUUUGAAAGACAUUAUCAGCUGUAAUGUCUGCAUGUAAAGAAAGAUUUAUAAAACAAAAUCAUUUGGGUCAUAAUAUACUGGCCUCUCCAGAAUGUGAAGAUCUGAAAGUUCUGUCCAUGUUUCUGUUCACCUGACAACAUUUUCACCACGAUAAACUCACAUAUUGAGCAAGAUGUAGGGCUGAUGUGGAAAAUCACCUCUUUGUGCUGAAUUCAUUCCCUUACAUGUUGUAACAUAUACUCCUACUGUCCAUUUCAGUGUAUUACAGAUUCAGGGCACCUGGUAUCCCUUGAGUCUUGGACUAGAACUCCCAUCAGGGUUAACAAGUACAGCUAAUGGCCAAGAAUAAUGGGGAUUUUAGACCAAAGGAUUAGGAAUAACCAGGUUGCUUUCCCUUCGAAUAGUGCAGCAUUUCCCUGGAAUGAGAGGCAAUAUUGUGCCAAUAUGAGGGCAAAGAAACAUGAUACCUUGGUGUUAAAUUGUGUGAGAUGCACAAGGAAAUGUGAGAAAGCAAGACAGGCAGCCUUUUCUUUCCUCCAUGAUGCUUAGUAUAAUUCUUCUCAAGAGAAUAAAACCAAGCCAAAACCUAUGUGAUUCUUCUGUCAUAACAUCUGCACUCAGAAAUACAUAUGUUGUGGACCAAAUAUCCUAGCAUGAGCUAAGUCAUAAAUGCUUCUUUUUGCCUUCAUGGAGUUUACAUAUAUGCAGUUAUUCAGCUGUGCUGGGCAUUUCCUGAUUUAAUUAUUUCUCCUUUCCCCACCAAAUCUGCCUUUUGCAAAAACAGCUGGGCUGAAGGCUUUCUCCGCUAAUAAAGUUGAAUAAAGUGGAGAUGAGUGAAGCCAAGACCUCACUUUUCACAGAUAUCCUCUGAAGCCCAUUAACCAUUUUUUCAGGAAGUCUUCAAGAAACUGCUU